AGGGUAGUUUAGUCAUUAAACCCCAACAUAGCCCAAAAACAAAACAAAAAUUAGGGUUUCAGUAUAAAAACUCGUAACACAUUUUGUUUCCCCUGCUCGCCACUCCCAGCUCCUGCAACCGCCAAGCAAACAAAAAAAAAACCCUAAUUAAGGGAAUUUUAACAGCAGCUAGAAAUGGCGACAGUACCAGGCCAAUUGAUUUGGGAAAUAGUGAAGAAGAACAAUUCAUUUUUGGUGAAACAGUUCGGAAGAGGAACUGCCAGUCUUCAAUUCAGCAAAGAGCCUAACAAUCUCUAUAAUCUCAACUCUUACAAGCAUUCUGGUUUGGCGAACAAGAAAACGGUGGCUAUUCAGUCGGGAAAGGAUCAGUCGGUGACGCUUGCGACUACUAAGACUAGGAAGCAGAAUAAGCCUUCUGCUUUGCUUCAUAAAUCUGUUAUGAAGAAGGAGUUUAGCCGUAUGGCUAAAGCCGUCGAGAACCAGGUUGGUGAUAACUAUUACAGGCCUGAUCUAAAGAAAGCAGCUCUUGCAAGGCUGAGUGUUGUGCAUAGGAGCCUGAAGGUUUCCAAAUCUGGUGCCAAGAAGAGGAAUAGACAAGUUCAGAAAUGAAGCGAGUAGUGAGUUAGUUGGGCGGGAUGCAUUCUGCUCUUUAUCUAUUUUGAUAGAACAUGCCGAAAGUGGCAAGAUGGAUUCUGUUCUCUCUAUUUUGCUGCUAGGCACCAAAAGUUGUUUUGUGAGAUUAAUUUUGAGAUUAGAUGCUUAAGAUCUAUAAAUGGUGAUUUUUCCUGGAUAAUUUUGUUUGCUGUGGAACUUUUUGAUUAAGUUUUGGAUAUGGCUAUUUAAUUAA